UUCUUGUUAUAAAUGUAUAAAAUAAUAAAAUAAAACUAAAUUUCUAAUUGCUGAGAAGAUUCCAUAAAGAAAACAAUGUUUUAUAGAACAUGUAAAUAACACUUUUCUCCAAUAACUGUUGUGUGUACGGUUUUGCUACUGUGAGUGAGUGGUAAAUAAAUUUGACGAAAUGGCUAACUCCGUAAACAUUUCGAUUGAGGCUCCAAUAGAAAAUCAAAUUCAAGAAAUAACAUACGAUGGUCAGGAAAUAUACCAAGCGCCCCUGUCGAUGUCUGAGAAUCUUACACGCUUAGCGCAGAAAAUCGAUUUUUCUAAAGCGGAAGAUGAUUAUUGUAAUAUUAAAAAAGAUGGAGACAGUAGUGUGGAUAUUAAAUCAGAAGAAGAGAAGGAACCGGGCUAUCAGUCUGUUCUGUGGCCGUGGGACUCUGUGCGCAAUAAACUAAGAAAUGCCCUCACUGAAGUCAGUGUUCUAGCUGAUGUGUUGAGUAUUGCAAAAGAAAAGAGGUACAUGGUACUAGACCCCAUCCAAGCAGACCAAAUAGAAAGCCGUCAGAUGGUACAAGUUUAUGGCCGUAAGAAAGCCUUAUCAGCGGCCGGAGCUGUACUUUUGAAUGGAGUGGAGAGACUCAGAGCCAGUGAAACAAUGAGGAUGACCAGGAAUAUGCCUGACUUCCACAUAGAUCUACUUAGGUUAAGGCAAAACUGGAGGUUGAAGAAGGUUUCAAAUACCAUUGUGGGAGACCUCAGUUAUAGAACAGCAGGAUCUAAGUUUAAUCAAACUGGAGUUUUUGAGGUAACAAAAGCCCCAGAGGAACAAAUAGCUCAAGCUAUGAGUAUGAACGCCUCGGGCCCUACACCUUCGGCCCUACGUGUGACUGUGCCUCCGGAGCUCCAGGGAGUUGCUUUUAUUUCUGUCUUGUGUCAGAAAGAACAAGAAGACGUAGUAACGGCAACACUGAGCUCCUCAGCUCUCCACUGUCCUGGCACUCUACCCGGUGAUGGAGCGGAAAUGCACUGGCAGCAGAAACUUGAGGCGGCACAGAAUGUUCUCUUUUGUAAAGAGCUGUUCGCUCGACUAGCAGCUGAGGCAGUGCAGUUAGAUGCCUCUAUACCUCAUAUUGUUGUUGGCAAUCAGAUUAUGGCUACUGUGUUACCUGGAAUUCAACUUCUCAUUGGGUUGUGUCACAAUAACGGACAAAAUACCAAUAAUCAUGAAGGAGUUAAGUCGGAGGGCGGGAGCGGCAACAAGUCUGAGCACGACCACGUGUUGGAGCACUCGCUGCACCAGCUGCUGCGCGCCGUACACCACGCGAACACGCACCAUCCCUUCCCGCACCCCGCUACCGGCCCGCUCGGGCCCAGCAAGCGGCGCGCGCUCGCAGGGCCCACGGCGGCGGAUCGUUACGAGCUGCUGGAGAUGAGCAAGGAACAGACCUUACUGGAGCAAAUCAUACAACAGGCGCAGCACUUCUUCAUGAGGAGACGCAGCGAGUACGUGCUAGACACCAUCGCGAAGGAGGUGAAGGAUCCUCUAAUAGUAUCACACUGGAAUGCUCUCAACAGUCCGACACAAUCGUGUGUCAAAAUUAACAUCAUGGCUUAUGGGUACGACGCGGUGUGCCGCACGUCGCUGGUCGUGCACGUGGGCGAGAAGACGCUGAAAUGUAUCUGCCGCGACGGCAAGGUGCGGCACUUGUCUUACGAGCUCCAGGAGCUACGGGAUCUCAUAUUCUGUCAGAUAUACCAACACCAAAUGACUGCGGUGCAAGCAGUGGGUCGGUGCAUGGGUUGGCAGCUCCUUGCCAGCAGCUCCCACAUGGGCUCCGGCCCCGUGGAACCCCUCGGGAACGCCUCUUCGUGUCUUCUUGCCUCUCCCAACGGUGACCGCAUGAUUGCCAUACGAUGUGAGCCGUCAAGAGGAAUACAAGUGUUUAUAGCUCAAUCACCUCGGAAAGACUUUUUUGUUAGUGAACUGGUACAAGACAAGAAAUGGGAAAACCUGGGUGGAGCAUUCAAAGAAGUUAUUUUAGAAAAAAUGGAGGGCAAGAACUUUUUAAAUAAAAUGGAAUUACUGAUGGCCUGCUUGAGUAGUCCGUCAUAGUUUAGUUUUUAAGGAUAAUUUAUAAUUUCUUUUAUAUGAAUAAAUAUAAUGAAAGUA